GGUAUACAUAAGUAGCCUGACUUCCGAUUAUACAAACAUCUGUGUCCACGCGUACAGUAUAUAUGUAGUACACGCAUGGAUAUUCGCAAGUAUCUGCAUGUUUCAACAAGGACUUUCACGGAAGUACGGUGUGUAGUUGGCCAUGGAGCUUGGGCCGAUCUUGGGUUAUCAUGCGGUAUUGUUUAUAGCCCAUGCAGCGGCUUAUAUCUAUGAUUGCAAGUACAUCGUCACCAAUGAAACAGAGACAGUGUUUACCUAUAGGGGAUACGGAGGGAAAUUCAAAUACCUGACCAACUGGAACUUUAUAAUCCAGACAGUGUAUUUUGGGUUGUGUGUGGCGAAUGAUCUCUGUGGAUCUAAUGUUCGACCAUCAGGAAGAGGAGAGAGAUGUCAACUACAGAGAUGGCGCGACAACUUCCUAGCAACCGUUGUGUUUCCACUAGGAAUGUUUGUUGUACUGACUUUCUGGGGUAUCUAUGCUAUAGACAGAGAACUAGUUUAUCCCAAAGCACUAGAUAAAGUCAUUCCAUCAUGGCUAAAUCACGUUAUGCACACCACCAUUUUACCUUUCCUGUUGGUAGACAAGUUCCUAGUGUACCACCAGUAUCCCAGUCGGAAGGCUGGUUUUGUUACAAUUAUGUCUCUAGCAUUGCUUUAUCUGACUUGGAUCCUGUGGGUGGCGUACUAUGCCAACAUAUGGGUGUACCCAAUCCUUAAAGUCCUACAGCCACAUCAGAAAGUGGUAUUUAUCUUGGCCAUGUUAGUUUUAUUCGUAUUUCUCUAUCUUCUGGGAGAGUUUAUCAACAAAACAAUCUGGGGUGAAGAGAGAAGUCAUGCACAGAAAAAGAAGAAGAAAUCCAGUUGAUGAGAGAAUAUCAUAGUUGCCUUUUUUAGAGAAAACCAUAUGAUCUGACUCAGAUUUUCCACAUUUCGUGUUGUAAGGGGACAAAAAUAAUAUUUUCUUUCCAAAGUUAUUAACUUUCUACUCAGAACCUUUGUAAACAUUUUGUUUUCUUUCUUUUGUUUUAGUUGAAAAAGAAAUUGUACAUAAACUUAAUGAGCAAAUAUUUACCAAGUAGCAUAUCAAUUUGUUUCGUCUGUUUAAUCCAGUUAUAUGACAAUCAAGGAAUUUUUGUCACUUGAGUUUCACAGGUCAUUAAUUAUUUUUUCCUCAUUAUUAUGAGAUUUGAUAUACAGGCUACAUUCAUGUACUUACUAAUUUUUCAGUAAGAUAAAAUUUUUAUUGAAUGAGAAAAAGAACCUUAAACUCAGAUGGAAGCUUUUUAUCAGAAGAGAAAUGUUGUACUACGGAAUUAGCUCCCCUGGACAGACCUCACUGUACAAUGUUUAGGUAGCAGUGAUUUUAAUGAUAUUUUUAUAAACCUUGAUUUAUAUCAACCAAAGUGGGGUCCCCC